AAGAGCGCUUCCCUGCAAAGUGGAAAGCCAGUGCUGUUAUAGCGACUUCGUAGGAAAAGCUGUUCUGGCUAUUAUGUAGACGUACAUGUGUUUCUCUGCUCAAGUCUGCACUGUUGUUAGUAACAGCAAUUAUAAGACUGAUGUGAACAACAUUUGUGGGUUGUUUGGUGUUGCUCAUUAUCCAUGAUUAAGAACUUAGUGUAAACAUUACCUGCCGGUUUGGGAGUUGCAGCCCUGCAAGUGUGAUUUGAGCAACUUUUGGGGUUGAUAUGAUGUUUCUUCUUGUUCAUGAUCGGAAGUUAUAAUGUUGCAGAUUAUUUUUGUUUUGUUUUGUUUCAUGCAAACAAACAUAAUCUGUACGGUAGAUUGAUUUUGAGCUGUGCUUCUCAAUAGUACCAAGUACCAACUUUACAUUUAGAAGGAUGAGGAUCAAAUUAUUUUGCGUACUUUUCACAAACUAGGAGUUAUGUACAGGUGCUUUGUUUGUCUCUCGAUAGUUGAUCAUUUGAUGUGACGUUUUUCUGCCUCCAGGCAUGCCAUCCCUGAGUUUUGAUGUUGUAAUGUAGGAUAACUAUUAAGACCAACGCAUUCUACUAGCUUUGGAUACUUUGUGACCGUUCUAUUGUGGUGAAAAUUUAAUGGUCUGCAGUAAUCUAUUCAUCUUCGAGAGAUUACUUAACCCGUACAAUACAAUCUCGAGACAGUUAAGCUUUGUGUGCAGGCACAUUUACAAGCCAAAUAUUGAUAGCGGAUUUGAAUCAGAAACUACACAUGCAGUUCUCCAUCGUUUUCAGUGUUCAGUUCAUUAUACGUGCUGAUGUUCCUGAGACUGUUAUUGCUACAAAUAAACCUUUAAAAGUGUCUAUUUUUUAGAGGAAAUAAUUAUUCCUGGGGGAUAACAUGGACUAGGCUACGUUUGUUUCUUUGUUGGAUCUCGUAGUGGAGAACAAUUAAAUAUUUGUCUUUCAGUUUUCAUUAAGAGUGCAAUAGUGUUCACAUCAACGAUUUCAUCAUGAUGAAAAAGUGCAGGGUACUGUACGACUUCUCGGGUGAAACAGACAACGGGGAGCUAACGAUCUACGAGAAUGAGGUUCUUCAGAUCAUCCGACAGGACGUUGGUGAGGGAUGGUGGGAAGCAGAGAACCCUUCAGGGCAGAGGGGCCUGGUCCCGGAGGCAUACGUUGAGCAGAUGGUAGAGGAGAACCAAGGCAGCAAGCCUAUAACCACCCAGCAGAGUACGGUCUCACAAGACGAUGAGUGGGAUGAUGAUGAGUGGGAUGAGAGAGCGAGCCAGUCAAGCUACGACGCCCAACAACAGGAAGUUAGUAGCCAGGACUCUGGAUUAAACGGAAACAACUACGGGCUUUCAGCACCAAACAGGCAAUUCAAACAGAGAAACAGCGAAGCAUCAGCACGGUCAGGGACGGUCAAGAAAAACUUUGCAAGUCGUUUCUCAGUGUUUGCAAAGACAGGAGGAGAAGCAUAUUUAUUGGGAGGAGGACCCAAGAAGGGAGCAUCACCUGAUGGAACUAUUAGAAUCAUAGAAGCAGAAGAUGGCCCAAGAUGGGAAGAAACGGUGGGCAAAUACACGUGUGAGAUCAAGAACCCAAAGAAAGAGAGUAAACUCAAGGGAAUCAAGAGCUUCAUUGCAUACCAAGUUACACCAUCAAAUACCGGCAUUCGAGUGAGCCGGAGAUACAAGCACUUUGACUGGCUAUAUGAGAGGCUAGCAGAGAAGUUCACACUAGUCAUUGUUCCACCUCUUCCAGAUAAACAAGUCACAGGUCGUUAUGAGGAAGCUUUUAUUGAGAAGAGGAUGGAUCAGUUACAAAGAUGGAUGAACAGAAUGACGGCUCAUCCUGUGAUAGGUCCUAGUGAUGUCAUGAUACACUUCACCUCAUGUACAGAUGAGAAGCUAUGGAAACAAGGGAAGAGGAAGGCAGAGAAGGAUGAAUUUUUAGGGGCAGCAUUCUAUCAGAACAUUGAACCUCCUGCAAACAACCUAGACGUAGCAACCAUUGAGAGACAGCACGACACAUUCACACGUUUCACCAAGAGUUUUGACUCCAGUGUAGCAGUGAUCCAACAAGUUAUACAUGAUUACAGCAAGAAACAUUUAGGACCUUUCAAGAGAGAAUACCAGAAAAUUGGCAAUUCCUUCACGGAGCUAGCAACAACCUUCAACCUCGACAACAGGCCGAACCCUGAAGGGAAGGAUGAUCCGCCUCAAGAAUCUGUGCAGCUGACGGAGGCCCUGAACUUCACCGGUAAGACGUACGAGGAGAUCGGAGAACUGUUCUACCAGCAACCCAAAUACGAUCUCCAUCCAUUUGAAGAUUUCUUAAAGGAGUAUGGUGGAAUGAUGUCAUGCUUUCCUGAUAUGAUACACUUUCACAAGCACACGGUACAGACGGUCAAGGAAUGUCAGAAGCAGAGAGAAGAACAGAAGAUGGACUUUGAAGAAGCAGAAGCGGUCAAGAAACGAGCAGACGUCAUCUCAUAUGCCAUGAUGGCUGAGGUAAAUCACUUCCACAGGGAGCGAGUAGAAGACUUCAAGUGGAUCAUGCAGGUCUACUUAAAGGAACAAAUCAAGUUUUACAAGAGCCUUACCAUCAAGCUGGAGGAGGCGCUUCAAAAAUAUGACGAACUCGAUCGGUAAAAGCCGCCCGGGUCACACCCGCCCGGACUUUACCCUCAGUAGAAUAUAUCUCGCUCAAGAAAUAAACGAUAAAGUUGCUGCCGACCCGAAACGCUUUGGUCCGUGGCGGAAACUCACUCUCUCGCAUGCCAUUUCAUUACUCUGUAAAUUCUUCAUGCUUUUCAUCUAUCGCUCAAUCAUCGAACGGAUGACACAUGAGAGGAAACUGCCUGGCAUUUUCAAGUGAUGGAGGGAGGGAACGACUGAUGACUUGAAAUAGAGACUCCACAGGCUGGGGUCAAGUUAUGAGAUCAAGUUUCUGUAGCAUGAAAAUGUUAAGCCAUACCGCUUUGACUUAAUUGUAUGGAACUUGUUAAUAGAAAAAA